AAUCUGAGACCGGAGCCUGAACCGGUUUCGAAGUUUCCGGUGAAGCUAGAGAUCGUCGAGGAUUUUCUUGAAGAAGAACACGGUCCUCUCAACAAGCGAUCUAGGAUGAGACUCUCUCAAAGUGUUGCGGUUGGGUCUGGUGUUAAGAAAGAAAGCAUAUGUAAUGCUUCUUCUGCUGUAGGAACCGUUGAGAAGCUGAAAGCUUCCAACUUUCCCGCUACGGUUCUGAGGAUUGGGCAAUGGGAGUAUAAAUCGAGGUAUGAAGGUGAUCUGGUGGCGAAAUGCUACUUUGCGAAACACAAACUUGUAUGGGAAGUGUUGGAACAAGGUCUUAAGAGCAAGAUCGAGAUUCAGUGGUCAGAUAUUAUGGCUUUGAAGGCUAAUUGUCCGGAAGAUGAACCUGGAACGUUAACCAUCGUGCUGGCUAGGAGACCGUUAUUUUUCAGGGAAACGAAUCCGCAGCCUCGAAAGCAUACUUUGUGGCAGGCGACAUCGGAUUUUACUGAUGGUCAAGCCGUCGUGAACAGGCAACAUUUUCUGCAGUGCGCACCAGGGAUAUUGAACAAACAUAUCGAGAAGCUUCUCCAAUGUGAUCAUCGUCUGUUCUGUCUAAGCAGACAGCCAGAGAUGAGUUUGGACUCACUCUUGUUUGAUACACGACAGUCUAUAUUCGAGGAUCCUUCAGUGUCUGGAUCUCAUAACGUGGCUUCUCCUGUUGGGCCUCAGUCAUCGUCAGAACACAUGUCUCUGUCUCAUGACGCAUUGUCGCCUAGCUCAGUGAUGGAUGCUCGUGCAAUAGAAGGAGUUGGUGCUUCCGUUGAUUCGAGCAAUACAACAACAGAUUGUAAUCAGAUACAAGUUCCUGGGCUAAGCCAAUCUAUCUCUAUGAAUGAUUUUCUUGCACUUUUGUCAGAUCAAGCUAAUCUUGGGAACAACCCUGAAUUCGAAGAAAUGAAGCAGCUGCUGCUAAGUGACACUCAAGCCGAGACAUCGGAUGAGAAGUCUGUAAUGUCGAAGGUGAACUCUUUCUGCAACCUCUUGCAAUCCACUGCAAACGAUGUGAAAGAGAUUGGGAUCGAUAACAAGAGACAAAGACCCGAAGGUAACAGAGUUCUUGAUCACCAUGCUUCAAGCAGCAGCAAGCCACAACAAGGAGGCAUGUCAAGGAAAGACUCGUUCAGUGAUUUGUUUAUACACCUUCCUCGGAUCACAUCCCUACCAAAGUUCUUGUUCAACAUUUCGGAAGAAGACGGUGAUGCCCAUAGU